AUGGAAAUAAUAAAAAAAAAGCUCCUCAACAAGAGGAAAUUAAUCGAGAAGAAACGAAGUGCUCAUACUAAGGAUCUGAUUGAAAAACUAAAUGAAUUUGUCAUAAAAACCCAAUUAGCGCUGCUCGAAGAUGCAUUCACAUCAUACAUGGGUAUACAUGAGCAGUUAGCCGAUCUAGAGGAAGAUGAAAAACAACAAGAACACAUAGACAAGCUGAUGGAAGUGUCUAACACAUAUGUUACACUGAAGGCCGAUUUUUUAGAAUCAUUGUCAAAUCUAACUAUCAGUGAAAACAGGCAAACUGUUCAACAAAACAUUCGGCUACCACCAAUCAACUUAACACAAUUUGGAGGUAAUUUAGAAGAGUGGUAUUCGUUUAAAGAUCAAUUUGAAACGAUGGUACAUAAAAACAAAGACAUAAACAACACCGAGAAAAUGUACUAUCUGAAAACGAAUUUAAUAGGACAAGCUGCUACGGUCAUAUCAUCACUGUCGUCGGAUGCAACUAAUUACACAGAAGCGUGGAAGUCUGUUGUAAGUAGAUAUGAUAACAAGUACUUGGUGUUUCAAAUACGCAUGCAUCAUUUGUUCUCACAACCAGCUGCUCAGCAGGAGUCUGCAAUUGCAUUAAAAAACCUAAUUGAUUGCACCAACAAACAUGUGAGGGCAUUACAAGCAUUAGGACGUCCUACCAAGUAUUGGGAUGACAUACUUGUUCAUCUGGUGUCUACAAAGCUGCCACCUGAGAUGAGGAAGACUUGGGAAAUUGAUUCGACCAGCUAUGUUAACUUUCCCACAUGGCACAAUUUGAGUGAGUUCAUAGAGAAUCGAGUUCAUGCUCUUGAGGUCAUACAGUUUAGGCAUGGUCCUAGUAAGCCAAAGACAACAACAAAAACUGUUUCACAUGCUACUAUGGUAAGACAACAGGACAGUAAGCCAUCUUGUCAAGUAUGUUCAUUACCACAUAGCAUAUACAAAUGUUCCAUGUUCAUGAAAGCUAGUGUCGAAGAACAACGAACGUUAGCUCUGAAGUCAUCACUGUGUUGGAACUGUCUGCGUCCAGGCCAUCAGAAAAAACAAUGUACGAUGGAUAAAGUGUGUAACGUGUGUCAAGCCAAACACCAUACGUUGUUGCAUUUACCUGAAGCCACGGUAGACAUAGUAACGUGA